AUGACAGCAACCGUGAUCAGGACCUACCACACCCUCCUCAAACGCCACGCUCAAGCUGAACAAGAAGGUGACUUCACCCUCGCAGCCUCCCUUCAGCAGGAAAUGGACGCACUAGGUGGUCUGGACGCUUACCAAAAAUCGUCUCUGCUUGGACAAGAUAAAGGCCGCGGUGGUGAUUCGAGUCGCGUACUGUGCGAGUGGUUACAAGAACUUGGGUGGGGGAAGGGCGAGGGGAAGAGGCAGGGGAAGGUGUUGGAGGUUGGUGCGCUGAGUACGAAGAAUCAGAUCUCGAAGUGUGGGUAUUUGGAUGUGACGAGGAUCGAUUUGCAGAGUCAGGAAGAGGGGAUUUUGCAGCAGGACUUUAUGGAGAGAUCGGCGGCGAGGACUGAUGAAGAGAGAUUUGAUAUCCUCUCAUUAUCACUGGUAUUGAAUUUCGUCCCGACUCCAGCUGGUCGGGGAGAGAUGUUGCACCAUAUCCGCAAUUUCCUGUUUCCGGCAUCACAUUAUACUUCCUCAAACAAAGAAUCGCAAAUAGAAGAAGGAGGGCUUCUUUUCCUUGUUCUUCCAGCGCCAUGUGUCGAGAAUUCGCGAUAUUUGACCGAGGAGCGUUUAGAGGACAUCAUGCGAUCGUUGGGAUACGUGUUGGUGAAGCAACGUACAGCGAAGAAGGUUGCAUACUGGCUCUGGCGGAUGGUCACUGAAGGCAAGGAAUGGGGACGACAUGGGAGUAAGGCUGUAAGCUGGAAGAAGGAGGAAAUGAGAAGCGGCGGGUCGCGAAACAAUUUCGCAGUUGUCCUCGAGUAG